AACUAGAUGUUUGACCGUUAUCUUGAAUGGUCAAACGUGUUGAUUAAUGGUCAACGCACCAAUUCACUGCCAAGUCAGCAACUUUCACUUAUUUUUUUUUUUAUAUUUUCCACCUAUUACCAUUUUUCUUUUUUAUUUUGAACCAAACAAAUAAAAAUAAAACCAAAAAACAAAUUUCAUAUUCGGGUCCCAAGCUAAACCCUACCUUACAGCAUGUUUUAUCUCCCUCCCCACUCCCCAGCAGCGGCCAGAUCUGUCCCAUCAACAAACUUUUCUUUUUCUCCGACGCCAAUCCCCUGCCAUCGUGGGCACCAGUACUCUCUCCCGUCCACAACCAAUCCUCCUUCCACCUCUCCUCCGCUCCUCUCCUUUCCUCCACCGAAUCUCAUUUUUCUCCGGCCGCGAUUACUGGCCUCCGCUAGACGCCACCGGCUGCAAAAACCAGAAAUCAUCUUUGACGAGAAGGUGGUGUAAUCGGAGCAUUUAUGUCGGAGUUGGUAAGGUUCAAUCAGAGCACGCUCCCUACGAUAGUGCAAGAGACCCUGACGAAGCGACAAGGAGUGGCGGCGGCACAGCUGGCGUUGACCAGCCAGCCAGGAGUGCUCCCACCAGGAGGGAGAUGGGGAGGUAGGGGAAGAGGAAGAAGAGAAGGAACUGGAUCGCUGGCGGGAGCGGGAGUAGGGGAAGGUGAAGCAGCAGCGGGAGUGGGAGAGGAGAGUGUUCUCCUCCGGGACGGAGCAGGAGCGAUAGAAUCGGAUCUCCGUGCCAUUCGUGCAUCGGAUUCUGGUGUUUGCCCGGCGCCCAUGGGAUGUGAGAAUUGGAAAUCGGGGAAUCCCUAAUUGGAUUGUUAUUUUCCCAAAUAUGGAGAAAGAAAGAUAAGAGAGUAAGAGUUGUUUGGUUGGGAGAGAAAGGUUGUGGGAUAAAAUGUGAAGUAGUUUUCCCUUUUUUUUUGUUGAAAAUGAAAAAGAAAAAUGGUAAUAGGUGGAAAAUAUAAAAAAUUAAGUGAAAGUUGUUGAUUUGAUAAUGACGAGGCGCGUUGACCGUCAAAGAUAAUGGUCAAACAUCGGGUUUGGCCAAUUUUGUUACUUUGAUGUAUAGUUUGGGCCAGGAUGUUAUAGAUCAAAAAGAUUAGUCAGGAUGUUUAUUAUGUGUAAAGUUCAAGCCAUACAAAUAUAUUAACCCUUUUUUC